AUGGUGAUGCGGACGCCAGUGGUCAAGCUCCGGUCGGCUGGCGGGGGCGGGGGCGGCGCGGGGGGCGGCCACUGCUCGUGGGAACUGCGGCUCCCCGGGGGGCGGCGAGUUUGCCGCCUCCGAGUGGCGCUGCUGGCCUUGCGACUGCCCUGCGGCCGGGGCGCGCUCCGGGUCGGCAACGAGCUCCUGUGCGGGGGGCACUUGGGGGCCAGGACACUGCACCUCCCCGCCGACACCAGGGCCGUCCCCGUGCACUACAGCUCGGUGUCCCCCAACGAGGACGACUUCGAGGCGCUGCUGCGACUGGAGGCCUGCGACGAGGCCGGCGUCGACGCCGUGGCCGAGGCCACGACCGCCGAGGGCAGGGUGGUGUCCGACGGCGACUGCGGCGGGCUGUUCCCCGUGUCGCAGGGCGAGCCCGUGGGACUGCUCAGCCCAGGCUACCCCGCGCGCUACCCGCACAACAAGAACUGCCUGUUCGUGCUGGAGCAGCGCCCCGCGACCAAGGCCGCCGACGGCGACGCCGCCUGCUUCCUGGACCUGGACUUCGUGGACUUCCACCUGGCCUCGCCGUCGGCGAGCUGCGGCGCCGGGGACCGCCUGCUGGUGGAGGGCGUGGAGGGCGCGGCGGGGGGCGUGGGGGUGGCGUUCUGCGGCGAGCGGUCCGGCGUCACGCGACUGCCGCUGCUGCCGCCCGCGCCACCAACGCGCGGGCAACCUGGAGAACGCGGACAACAGCCCGGCGUGCGAGUCCGCUUCCUCUCGGACGCCGCCGGUACCGCCGCCGGCUUCCGCGUCCUGGCCACCCUGAGCCCGUGCCAGCACGGCCAGCACCGCGACCAAGAGCGCAGGGAGCCGCUCAUGCCCGCCGACAUGAAGGGCCUCAGCGGCCACGGCAACGACUCCAGCUCCGGCAAGAGCCUGGCAGGCAUUGCGGGCAUCGCGGGCCUCGCCAGCGCGUCGCUGGGCCUCCCCUUCCCCGCCUUCCCCGCGUACCCGGCGCAGCUGCCGCGCAUCCAAUUUCCUGCUCCAAGUUUGUUCGCUUCGUUCCGCUUUUCGGCCCCACAGUGCUGCGGCCGCGUCCACGCCGGGCCCCAGCUGUUCCUGACGAGUCCCGGCUUCCCCAGCGGCCUGGCCAGCGGUUGGUCCUCGGACUGCGUGUACCCGGUGGCCAGGCAGCUCCCACAGACGUGCCGCCUGCGCCUCGUCCUCCACCACUUCCUGCUGCUCGGCACCUGCGACAAGCACUUCCUUGAGGUCGGCGGCCGCCGCCUCUGCGGCUGCCAGAGCGGCGCCCAGAUCGUGUCUUACUUCAGGCCCGGUGAAGUGACCCAGCUGCUGAGGUACUCGCGCCACUUGCUGUCGACGGGCGCCUUCAUCAUAGAGGUGCGCCAGGAGGGCUGCGGCGCGCCCGCCCUGCCCGGCGGCGGCUUCGGCGCCCCCGGUAUCCCCGGCGGCUACCCUGGCAUCCCUGGAAUUCCAGGGCUGCCGUGGCGCGCUCGCAGUACAGACGCAUCCAACGGCGCGGCGCUGCUGCUGCCCGUGUGCGGCGCGCCCUCCUACAAGGACUGGCUGGCGGGCGCGGCGGCCUGGGCCGGCACCGUGCCCUCGGCGCUGCUGCAGUGCCCCGUCGGCGUCUUCCCCUUCGCCAAGUGCCGCGAGCUGCGCGCACUGGCGGGCGUCUUCACCUCGCCGCGGUACCCGGACCCCUACCCCAACAACGCGCGCGUUUGCUACCGGUUCCCCCGGUACCCGGAGCAGUGCAGUCUCGAGGUGACGUUCCUGGACUUCGACCUGGAGCCGUCGCCGACCUGCAACAAGGACUACGUGAGCUUGGGCGGCGCCACGCGGUACUGCGGCAACACCCUCGCGUCGACCUUGGUGAUGCUGAGCUUCCAGGACAGUCAGUACGUGGACGUCCUGUUCAUCAGUGACAACGCCAUCAACGGCAGGGGUUUCCGGGCCAACUUCCGGCAGCUGCCCUGCACACCUGUGGCGGGGCCGCGGCCCCUGCCCGUGGAGCAGGCCGGUCCCUACCAGGACUCCGGGCAGCCCGAGCGGCCGCCGCUGUACCCGGAGCCGACGACGCCGUCGUCGCCACGGACGCCGCCGCCGCCGCCAAGAACGGCGCCGCCACCGACCGCCGUCUGCGGCGGCGACGUCAGGCAGCAGCAGUUCGCCUUGAGCUCGCUGGACGUGGCGGGCCACCCCGAGUGCGAGUUCACCGUCAGGAGGGUCAGCGAGGACAUCUGCGGCCUGCAGGUGCUCGUCGAGCGCAUGGCCCUGGACUGCCAGCGCGAGCACGUCGUGGUGGGCGGCAGCACACUGUGUGGACAAAAGCUGGCGGGGCGCACGGUGACGGUGGACUUCCUGGGCGACGCGGUGCGGAUGGUGUACCAGGGCUUCGCCGAGGGGGUGCAGGCGGCGCAGGCCGACUUCCUCAUCCACGUGCAGCAGGUGGCGGACUGUCUGGACUUGGACGUGACGCCGGUGGCGCGCUUCGGCAAGGCGGCGCCCGAUGACGUCAGCGAGUGCGUCGUCGUCCUGGACGGCGUGCUCGGCCACCUGGAGGCGCCCGCGCUGCAGCCGCGGUCGCCGCACCACCUGUCCUGCAGCUACGUGUUCCGGCGGCGGCCCGGCCGCUGCGUGCUGCGACUCGACUUCCACGACUUCGCCAUCGCGUCCGGGCCCGAGUGCACCGAGUCCUACCUGGCGCUGCGCAACCACAAGUACUGCGGCACGGACCUCGCGAGGACCACUCACGGCCUCAGCUUCGCCGGCGCCACCAUCGAGCUGCCCUACCGACUGCACAAGGACGUGCCCUCGGCCCGCUGGAACGUCUCCUACGCCCAGCUGCCGUGCUGACUCCGCUACACUGCAGCCGAUGUUUUCAGUAUUUAUUGAUUCCUUCCUCUUUCUAUGAAAGAAAAUUAUGA